AUGCCCAUACUGCAAGGCGCCGACACGGUGUCGGCGUGGGAAGAGACCAUGCACCGGGCAGAGGCGCCCGUCGACUCCGCCAUCGUCACGCCUCUUGUGUCCAUCGGACUUGGGAGAAUGGGCUACAUAUCCGUGCCUAAGUGCGGCUCCUCGGCACCAUCUACAGAACUGCGGCCCACCUUCUGUGCAUGGUCCAUGGUGCAUGGUGCAGGGUACUAUGUGCAUGGUCGCGCGCAUAAUCGCAUAUGA